AUGCUGCAAAGUAAAAUGCUUCAAAAUGUCUUACCAGCAAUAUACUUAUUCAUCUUCCUGGUCAGCACUCCACUAAAUGUAACCAGUCUGUGGAUUUUCUGUCGGAGUAAAUCGAAGAAUCCAACAAUGGUGUUUAUGAUCAGUCUUACUGCAAACGAUUUGGCCUACAGCUUGACCCUCCCGUUCCUGGCUGCUUAUCACCUAAGAGGAAAUAACUGGCCAUUUGGAGACAUCUUCUGCUCUCUAACAACUAUAAUGUUCUAUGCAAAUGUGAACUGCUCCAUUCUAACAAUGAUGUGUAUCAGUGUGGAGCGCUAUGUGGGAAUUGUGCAUCCGCUGCGUUUUCAAAACUGUAUGAACAUCAGAAAGGCUUUUAUUAUAUGCUUGUUGAUCUGGUUGCUAGUUUUAUCAAUUGACGUACCUUUACUGUAUACUAGGAUGACAUUCUAUGUGCAUGAACUAAACAUACUUACUUGCUUUGAUAUUUUACCUAAAAAUAUGUUUUCUUCUCUUGUGCCUUUCUAUUUGUAUUUUGCAUGCCGCUUUCUAGCAUUCUUUGUUAUUCCCAUAGUAACUAUGGUGGUUUGUUACUUGUCAAUCAUUGUGACUCUUCUGCGUUCAUAUAUCCAGCAAUCUGCUGUGCCCAAGAAGCAGACAAUUUAUACAAUAGUAGUGUUGCUGUUAGUACUGUUUAUAUGUUUUGUGCCAAAUAAUGUGAUUCUUAUCACUCAUUCGCUUCCAUCAGCCAAACAGAACAACCUAUAUGUGGCCUACAAGCUUUCCCUAGCUUUGAGUGGUCUCAAUUGCUGUUUGGAUCCCUUUGUUUAUUACUUUGGAUCCAAAGAAUUUCGACAGAAUGUGAAGAGUAAAAUUUAUUCUCUUUUUCAUAAAAACAAAGCAGACCGAAACAUGAAAAACCCACACAAGUGA